UCCAACUGUGUGCUUGCUACAACAGCAGGCUGCUUGUUAGACACCAGGCUGGCCAGCUGCAGCACACAGCACACUAUGGGGAGCUUGGCCGGACCCACUGUGGCUGCCCUGUUUCUUUCCUUCUUCCAGUCAGGAAGUGCCUUCUGGCUUUUCAAUGUCCUCUUUCCACCCAGUGCCACCCCAGAAGCUGCGCUCUCCAACAACACCCCCCCUGUGGUGCUUGUGCCUGGUUGCCUUGGGAACCAAUUAGAGGCCAAGCUGGACAAGCCCGAUGUGGUGAACUGGAUGUGCUACCGCAAAACUGAGGACUACUUCACUGUCUGGCUCAACCUCAACAUAUUCCUGCCCCUGGGGGUUGACUGCUGGAUUGACAAUACCAGAGUGGUGUACAACAGGACCACAAGGAGAACAUCUAAUGCUCCAGGAGUGCACAUCCGAGUCCCGGGGUUUGGCAAAACCUACUCUGUGGAAUACUUGGAUAAGAGUAAACUGGCAGGGUACCUGCACACAUUGGUGCAGCAUCUUGUCAAUAAUGGCUAUGUGCGAGACCAGACAGUGCGAGCUGCCCCUUAUGACUGGCGGAUUGGGCCUAAUGAGCAAGAGGAAUACUUCCAGAACCUGCGCACCCUGGUAGAGGAAAUGUAUGCGGACUACCAGCAGCCUGUCUUCCUUAUUGGCCACAGCCUGGGCAACCUCAACAUCCUAUACUUCCUGCUCCAGCAGCCUCAGGGGUGGAAAGAACGUUUUAUCAAGGGCUUCAUUUCCCUGGGCGCUCCCUGGGGUGGAGCAGUGAAAUCCAUGAGGGUCAUAGCCUCAGGUGACAACCAAGGCAUCCCAGUCAUGUCCAGCAUCAAACUACGUGAAGAGCAGCGCAUGGCCACCAAUAGUCCAUGGAUGUUCCCGACCAGGGCGGCUUGGCCCGACACACACAUCUUCAUUUCAACUCCUUUGCAUAACUACACCUACCGGGACUACCAACGCUUCUUCAUUGAUGUUAACUUUGAGGAUGGCUGGUUCAUGUGGAAUGACACCAAGGACUUGCUGAAAGGGCUGCCCCCACCAGGCGUGGAAAUGUAUUGCCUGUAUGGCACUGGGCACCCCACUCCAGAGACUUACAUUUAUGAUGACCGCUUCCCCUAUGAAGAUCCUGUGGACAUUGUGUAUGGGGAUGGGGAUGAAACCGUCAGCAGGCGCAGCAUGGAGCUGUGCAAACAAUGGCAUGGUCAACAAAAGGAAAAGGUGCAUGUCCUGGAGUUGCCCGGAGUCGACCAUCUCAACAUGGUCUUUGACAACCGCACUCUCAAUCACAUCAAUGAAAUUCUGCUCCGAAGCUUUGAAAAUGCAACUGUUGCAGAAGAUGAACAUGGAGCUGGAGAGAGUCUCCCACCUGCAAUCCACCCCAAAGCUAACCAAAAGAAGUAAAGGCCCUCCAUAGGGGGGCAGUUUGCGUCUCCUCCUCAGAGUAUGAGAACUCAUGUGUUCCCACCACACUUUCAAUGCUGCAUGUACAUACACACAGACUAUGGGCACAUUCCUGCCCUCCCACUGUUUGGGGGGAAAGGCUCGUGCAAAUUCCUCACCUUUACAAUAUUUUUUUUGUCAAUGUGAUGGGACCCUGAGAGAGAUUUUUCCAACCUAUUUUCAGUGGGAUCCUUUAGGUGAGCAGGUGACCCAUCCCAAACUUCCAUUCACUCUAUGUAGACACCUGAGAAGUAGCAGAUGUUUUUCCAGAAGUGCAAAGUGUUCCAAUUUUUAUGUGUGUUCGGAUGACUGUUGACCCUUUGGGGGGCACCCCUUAAUUUCCCUGUCUUAACAAUUGGGCCACUCCACUGAGUUGUGUGUUGCCACAGAACAUGUGCCAUAGACUGCUCUAUUUUUAUCAAGCAUGGCCAACCUCUUGAGCUCAGGGGGCUGGAGGAAGAGUAUUUGCCCCAGACAUGAUGUGAUUGCCCCCCUUCGCCCCAGACAAGGGGCAUCUGCUUCCCUUGGUUUAAGAAGCCAGAAGCAGGUACUCUUUCCUCCAAGGAACAGGAUGCCACCUCCAGUGGCAUCCUUUUGUGUCCUACUCAGUUUGAGUGCACCAUUUGACCUAGUCAGGGCUUUUCUGAUGCUUCUCCCAGAGGCUAGAGAGCUGGUUUGAUUCUCAUUUAUGUUUUGCAUAUGUUCAGAGGUACUCUUCUUUGUGGAUCCUUGGCUGGGAGUCAGCUCUAGUUCUCCUGCUGAGGGCCAACUUCCCCCGGGGGAUGGGGAUUGGCUUGGGUGGCAUAUACAGUUCUCAAAUGAAGGAGAGGCCACAGGUUCCAUUGUCAAAUAGCUCAUCCCUUCAGAACGUUCUUCCUACUGUUAGCCAAAAUCUCCUUUCUUGUCAUUUAAACUCAACAGUUCUGGUCCUACCCUCAGAAACUGCAGAAAACAAACUUGCUCCAUCAUCUAUAUGAUGAGCAAUGUAAAAUUUCCAGAAAUUUUGAAGCCAUGGGGAAAAAACGUUUUUUUUCCAAGGGUGGUGGAGGAAAUUUUCGGGGAAAUGCAAUAUUAGCACUUUUUACAGAUUGAAAGAUUCCAAGACACACUUCCCCCCCCAUAUAAACAUCUCUAAAAAUGGGGUGCGUCUUAGAAUCGUGGGUGCGUUUAUUAUUUCUAACAAUCAAAGCUUUUUUCUGUUGGUGGUACUGAAAUUAGUGUGCGUCUUACAAUCGAUGGCGUCUUAGAACUGAAGAAAUAUGGUCCUUUAGGAACAUAAACUGUAAUUAUGUACAAGUUGGUUUGGCAUAAAAUUAUCACAGUUGGUAUAUUAAAAGUACAGUGUAUUCAAACUAUCAUUACAAAUUGAAUUUACUUUUUAAUUUUUUUUACCCUUUUUUGUAACAAAUGUAAGAAACACCUGAACUGCAAGGAACUGCUUUGGUUUUGCCAGUUUAUGAGGAGCAGGCAAUUUUUUUAAAAAAAAAAACACCCCAAUUUAAAAACCAUGUUUUUUUUCUGAAUUUUUCCGGGGUAGGUGGGUGGGUUCCGGGCCUUUACAACUCUUUAUGUGUUCUUUGAGGAUUUGAAGGUGGCCAUCCUACCACCUUUCAAUAAUCUUUUCACACCCAACUCCUUCAGCUGUUCCUCACAGGAUGGGGUGUCAACAUCUUCGUCACCCUCUGCAGGACACACUCCAAUUUGCCAAUUUCCUUCUUAAACUGCAGUGCUCAGAACUGGACACAUUAAUCCAGCUAAAGUCUGGAGGAGGGGAGGAAGGCAGAUAGUGAGGCCUUGGUGCCAUGAAGGAACUCCUUAUCUACACCAAGGCCAUAAACCAGCCCAGUGGCCAAGGAAGGUGCAAGAAGAGCCAUCAUCAUCAUUUAUUAUACGGUCACAGACCCAAUGAACCGAGGGAGACGUGAAACCGAGGUGCCAGGCUGAUGCCAAUGAAGGACGGGGUGUGUGUGUGAGCCAAAGAUGAAACGAGAAAAAGAGUAUAUAGGCAGGAUCCCGCCCCAAGCCUGUUGUCAUGUCUUUUGCCAAAGGAUGUGCAGAGAGCUGGAGGGGUGGGAUGGGGGGCACGGCAGGGCCCUACUUAGGAAGAAGUAGUAAUAGUUAGAAUCUUCGUGUUUUACCAGUGUACUGGGUUUUUAUGCUAUGCAUGCUUUUAGUGGUUCUUCCCAUAUGCACCCUAGCCUUAUUCUUA